AUGGUCGCCGUCGCCAAAGGACCGCGUCAGUCGCUGACGGUGGUCGACAACCGCACCAACCAGGUCUAUGAGAUCCCCAUCAAGAACAACACGGUGCUCGCCACCGACAUCAAGAAGGUCCGGGCCCCCGCGCAGCCUGGCGACCGCGAGGAGGACGAGACACCCCAGGGCCUGCGCGUGCUGGACCCGGGCUACAUGAACACGGCCGUCGUGCAGAGCCGCAUCACGUUCAUCAACGGCCAGGAGGGCGUGCUGCGGUACCGCGGCUACCCGAUCGAGCAGGUCGUGGCCCGCAGCAACUUCCUCGAGACGGCCUUCUUGCUCAUCUACGGCGAGCUGCCGACGGCGGCGCAGUACAGCGGCUGGCGCGACGAGGUCAUGCACCACACGUACGUGCACACCGACAUUGAGGGCAUGCUCAAGUCGUUCCGCUACGACUCGCACCCCAUGUCGAUGCUGACGGCCACCUUUGCGAGCCUCGGCGCCUUCGCGCCCGAGGCCAACCCGUCGCUGCAGGGCCAGAAGCUCUACACGCGCGCCGCCAGCGGCGACAUGGACGCGCUGCGCACGCUCGACAAGCAAAUCAUCCGCAUCAUCGGCAAGGCGCCCACCCUCGCGGCCGCCGCCUACCGCAUGCGCCAGGGCCGCCCCUUCAACCGCCCCGGCAGCGCCCAGGACCUGUCGUACACGGGCAACUUCCUCUACAUGCUGGACAACCUGUCGGGCGGCGACACCUACCGCCCGCACCCGGUGCUGGCCAAGGCGCUCGACGCGCUCUUCAUCCUGCACGCCGACCACGAAAUCAACUGCAGCACCGCCACCGUCCUGCAGGUCGGCAGCUCCCUGGUCGACCCCUACAGCGCCGUCGCCGCCGGCUGCGCCGCGCUCUACGGCCCCAGCCACGGCGGCGCGUCCGAGAGCGCGAUCCGCAUGCUGAUGGAGAUCGGGUCGCCCGACAAGGUGCCGGCGUUUAUGCAGGCCGUCGAGCGCCGCGAGCGCGUGCUGGUCGGGUUCGGCCACCGCGUGUACAAGAACGUCGACCCGCGCUCCGUCGCCAUCCGCAAGCUCGCCGAGGAGGUGUUUGCCGUCACCGGCCGCAACCAGCUCAUCGACACGGCCAUUGCGCUGGCCGACCACGCCGCCAAGAGCGAGUUCAUGCGCAGCCGCAGCCUCUACCCCAACGUCGACUUUUACUCGGGCCUCAUCUACCAGGCCAUGGGCUUCCCGCUCGACUUCUACCCCGUGCUGUUUGCCGUGCCGCGGUGCGUCGGCUGGCUGGCGCACUGGCGGCAGAUGAUGCUGGACCCCAAGGGCGUCAAGAUCUGGCGGCCGCGGCAGGUGUACGUGGGCGAGGCGGCGCGGGACUACGCCGCGCUCGAGGCGCGCCAGGAAAAGAAGGACGCGACGGUGUUUGAUGCGCCGGUCAAGGUGGCGCACGGAGGCGACAGCAAGCGGAACCAGCUGGCCAUGCACAGCAAGCUGUGA